AUGGAUAUUGGCGGUACGACGAAGGUGGCUUCUCCGGAGUCCACAGUUACAGUCGAAAAAUCUAGCGCCGCUCCAGAAGCCAGUGAAAACCCGUCAGCAUCUGGCAAAAACGGAUCGCUUCCGGAUUCCAGCGCUGAUUCCGUGAAGGAUUCGGCAUGCGUAGCUGACUCACUUGGGAAGCAGAAAGAUGCUUCCCAGGAAACACUCUCGUCCCCCAAGCCAGCAUCAGAUGUUUUGGCUAAGGUCGACGAACCAAACAGCAUAGCGGAACUCAGGAAAGGUCCCCUAAAACAACCUGCCGUGACAACUAGCACAUCGGGCGAAAUUUCACAGCCAGACUGCGAACCCGUUCGGAACGACACACCAUGCAAUGAUAAACUGGGUGAGCAAGAGCAGAUUGACGAGGAUGACGAGCUGUUGAAACGUAUGGAGGCGAUCGAAAAGGGCGAAGAUCUAGACGCUGUGCCGGAAGAAGCCAAUCAUCAAAAUGGCUUGCUACAGAAAACGCUAGAAAAAGGGGAUUCUGGGAAGGCGACUGAUAUGUGCGUUGAUGCUGGAAAAGCCACGACCUCAUCGGAAGCAUCUGUUAGCAACUUAUCCGAGUCGGAUGCAACAUCAAAAUCGGCCGAAGCAGUUAGUCCGACUUUCAAACGAAAGCAUCCUUUCACUGUGGGUGAAGUCGAACCGCAAGUGAAAAAAGUGCAUAUUGCCGAUGCGACCGAUGGCCCGCAACCCACAGCAACAAGCUCAGAAACAACACCUUCACCCGCUAGGCAGCCGAGCAAAGCAUCGGCUGAACCGCCAGGAUUAUUAGAAUCAGACCGCCAUCAGAAGGAAAAGGAAGAUAAACCUCCGUCGGUUGAGCAGAUGGAGGUUGAUGGUUCGCCGGAACCGGCAGAAUCAUCUCCCAAAAAUGUAGAAAUGCUGCCUGAUACGGAACCAAACACUGAACCUGAUGCAAUGGAUCAAAAAUCGGAAGAAAUAAGCUCAUCGGUCGUGGAGGAACCGGUGCGCCAAGCAGGCGAUUCCGCGGGAAACAAGAAAACGGAAAACUCAAAUGUGUCUAGUUCCGAUGAUAAACAGGAAGGUAUGACAAGCGAAAACACGAAACCACCUGAUAGUGAAGUAUCAGCGUCAGUGCUUCCAGCUCCUUCGGGAGACGAAGCUAUGGAUGUGGAUGAAGAUGAAACCGAUAUGGCAGAGAGUAGCACAUCUACCGGACCUUCUGCUUCAGUGGCUAUUCCCGUGGUGGAACCUCCGUGCGUGAAGAAGGUCGCUUACCUUUGCGGUGAUGACGAUCCAAAGGAGGCAGACGAAAAAGCCACCGUCGUUUCGACUGCAAAGAUUUCUGCUACAUCCGCUACUACAUCCUCGACGCCAGCGGUCGCUGUCGCUGAAACAUCGGAGGUAACCGUGCCGAAGGAUGUGGACUCUGCGUCAAAAACAACGUCCAGUGGCGACGAACCCGAGGAUGUCGUGGACAGCAGCAACAUUGUUUCAACUGUUCCAAAGCUAGUGGUGGAAUCAGUAGAAAAAUCCGCUGAAUCUGGGAAAGUACUUGCUGAACGGGUGGUACUGGAAGAAAGCAUCGUCGGAAGCUCGCAACCCUCAUCCAGCAGCGAUACGAAGAAACAAUCGGCUUUGGUAGAUAAACGAUCGAGCGAGCAGCCGCGUGACUCGGUACACAGGAGUGCUCUGUUGGCUAAGGCGUCCAGCACACCGAACCAAACCACGGCAGAAUUGACGCCCUCCUCCUCGAAUCCAUCAACACCGAAAACGUUAAAUAAAGUGACGACAUCCGCUGUCAGCUCUUCCAACGUCUACAGCUCCACUCCGAUCCAUCAGAACUUUGGAAAAGUAAGCUCAGGAAACGUUAGUAAAAUCACGAAUCCACCAUCCUCGAUAGAAACCAGCAGAAUUGAGGCGGACGACACAACAACGACUACCGCCAUCAGUGAACAGUCAGAGUCGUUAAUAAAACCGGAGACAGGGGAAAAGUAUACUAGCCACGCCACGUCGGCAACAAAAAGUUUGCCUUCAACAACAGAUACGGCAUCUUCGGCUACGACAGGCACUUUGGGAACUUCCGAUUCUUCUGUCAAAAGCACGUCACCCAAGAAAGAACCAAGGCACGAAGAUUCCAGUAGUUCAAAGGGUAGUCUCAAAACAUCUGGCGAUGUAUCAGAGGUAGAUUCGUGUACAGUCUCUGGAAUGAAUACUGCGGAGGAGAUAAAUUUGUACGUGAGCAACGCACGGAAGUUAAAUGGCAUUUCCUCCACCUCGGAAGGCUCUGAUUUGGGCACUAAAGACGAUGUGACCAAAUCUCUUGUAUCCGUGAAGCUGGAAGAUGAUAGUAAAACGGAUAUCAAUUCGAUACAAUUGGAUCUCUCCCGUGCCAUAUCACCCACGACGUCUGCCGAACAGCAGUAUGAAGUGAGCGUAUGGUAUGAGGGGAAAGAAUUACAGUUCAUGUCGGUGGAACGGAUUCACGGUGGGACGAAAGUCGAUCCCUCUGCUGCUACUGUUGCUAACACGGCUACUCAAGAUGUUUCAAAUACCGAUUCCUCUUCAAAGCUCUCAUCCACGGCCACCACGAAUGGUAGUGUAAGUAGUAUAGGGCCAUUCGCGCUUCCAGGGGCCAAGACAUCAACUGUGGGUCAAUCGACCGAUAGCUCCUCGUCGUCGGCCACCAUUACCACCGGUGUUAAGUCAACGCAUUCAGUGACGGUGCCGCAAAUGAAGCAAACUGUAAUGGGGCCGAAAGCACUUUGCGAUUUGCUCAUUGCGGAAUUCCAAAAGCUGAGACGAACUUUUGCACCUGACGAUUCCAUCGUAGAUGAUGCCAACGCACUGCUGCUGAAAAGUCCCCGAACGCCUUACACCGGGCGUGGUCGCAAAGACAGUGCGAAGAAGAGUGGUUCGCGUACUCAGAAGCGUUCUAAAGCGGCUGACAGUGACGGGGAUGACGAUGACGAUGGUGAAAAUGAUGCUCGUACUCCUCGGUCUGGGGGAUCGUCCACCUCGAAGCAACCAUCUAAGCGUGCAAAAGUCGUGUUAACUGCCGCUGCCAAUGAAUCCCCGGUCGCCAGUUCUAGCACCACCGCGAAAUCGAAAAUUGCCCAAGAACCAAAGCAAUUUGACAUUUGCUGUCUGGCUCGGUGGACUGACCGCAAGUACUACGCAGGCCGGGUGACUAACUACCGGGGGGACAAUAAGUACGUGGUGGUGUUUGAAGACGGCUGCUCCAAGACCCUGUCACGAGACAUCAUCGUAUUUGGUGAGGAUGGAGUGUUACCGAUACAACAUCACUCAAUACACGCCCUAACCGGAGGUGACACGUACGAGCCCGCUAUUGUGGAAGAAAUUAAGCGAAAUGAUGCCAACGAAGUGGUAUACUGUGUGCGGACGGCCACUAACCCAUUGGAGGUAACAGCCACCGAUAUCUAUCUCACAGACGAGCAAGCAAAAUGGAUCCACAACGCCUGCAAGGACAAACCAGACCCAAUCCAAAAGCUUCUGCAACCGGGAUCGGAUGUUACCUCGAUGGGGAGCGGCGAUGCCGCAAGUGGCAAUCAAGGAAACGCAUCGGAAGGAAGCUUAACCACGGCAGCGUCAGAUUUGGUGAAAGAUGCUGGCGAUAAAAGCUCACGUUCGACACGCAGUAAACGCGGUGCGGGAGCAAAUGACAAAUCCAUGGGAUCUACCACGCCGGAAGCUGGUUACUCGGGUGGAGUUGGUAAAAAAGGACGCCGUGGACGAAGAAAGCAGCACCUGCCACCUGAAUCACGCAUAUCUGAGUGUAGCGAUGUGUCCGAUACUUAUGAGGAGGAAAUCCCUGCACCAACAAGCCCAGAAGCGGGCCUGGAUGCAGUGGAUGGUGUGCAGCCGGAAUUGCAGCGCACGGAACAUGAAUCCGAGCUAAUCAGAAUGAGUCUUGUGUCCGAAUAUUUUGGCCCCGACGAAGGGGAUAGACUGGACCAACUGCUCGGACCGAUACCCGUCGAUGCGAAAACUUUGUUCCGAAAUAAGCACUUUCUGUUAAGUUGUACUGUCCCAUCGAAGGGAGUUGCUGCUGCUGCGACAGAAUUCUCCAACGUUCCUUUUAUAAAACAACAUAUUCGGCGGCAGAUUGAAGCUGGAGGCGGUAAAGUGUAUCAGUUCUUCGAGGAUGUGCCGAAGAACAAGUAUAAACAAUGCAAGCUGAUAGCGCCGCGUCCUUCUACCACUGCAAUUUAUGUGCAGUGCUUGGCCAGUGACAUUGUGGCUGUGUCUCACGAAUGGAUCAUACAAUGCUGUCAAGUGCUAAUGAUGCUGGAUUACAAACCCCAUGUCCUACCAGCUGGAUGGUCCUUUCUCGAAAAUCGGUUCAUCGAUUGGAGCGGCGGUCGUGGAAAGGAUAAGCGAACCUCCGGCACACCGUUUUCAUCAGUGUGCAUUAACGUAGCUAGUCUGUGUAAGGAUUUCAAUGACUUUUGGAGCCGGGUCUGCAAGCUUGCCGGUGGUACGGUGCGGCUAAUUAAGACUGAGUCGGACAUUACGGAAAAUCUGACGGGAUAUUUGCUAACGGAUCAAGAAUUUCCCGAAGAAAUCAAGAUCAAAGCUGCCCGCACCGGUCUACUUGUAGUAUCAACCGUUUGGGUGGUGCAGUGUUUAAUUCUGGGCCGGGUUUGCCAUCCGAAUAGCAACGAAAAGCUAACACAAAUUUAUCAGGAGGAAGAUUAUUAA